CAGCAUUGUCCUCAAUAGUCAAAAGCUCAAGGCUAAACCCUUCUCUCUUAGCAAAGUCCCACAGAAAACGACCUCCACAAGAGAGAGAGAGAGAGAGAGAAAAAAAAAGCUUUUGUUCUGUUCUGAAAUCACUCCACGGUUCACAAUCUUCCAUUCCCUGAUUUACCCAAGUUUUAGUUGAAGAAGAAGACGAAGCUGAGAUUGUAUGAGAGUGGAAAACAAAAGCAUGAGUGGAGGGGGUGUGGUGUAAAGAGGGAAAGUGAAGUAUAAAGGAGGAAUCUUUAUUGUGUUAUAGCAUUGCAUUGAAGGAAUUUCUUCCAUUUUUUUAUUCUAAAAGUUGGAUCCUUUGAUUCUUCCUUGAAAAUAAUAAUAAUAAUAAUAAUAAUAAGGCAAUGAAAAGUUUUGGGGUUCAUCUAUUCUUCCUGCUCUUUCUUGCUGCAAUUGCAUCUUUUCCUGUGCAAGCAUUCACCGGAACCUAUGGCAUUAACUAUGGAAGAAUUGCAAACAACAUACUCUCACCGCAUGAAGUCGUCACACUUCUGAGGGCGGCGAAAAUAAAGAAUGUUCGGAUUUAUGAUUUUGAUCACAGUGUCAUCAAAGCAUUUAGUGGGACAGGGCUGGAACUUGUGGUUGGACUCCCGAAUGAAAAUCUGAGAGACGUGAGUGCCAAUGCAGAUCAUGCUAUGAAUUGGGUCAGGGACAAUGUGCAGGCAUAUCUUCCCGAUACGCAGAUUCGUGGGAUCGCUAUAGGGAAUGAAGUCUUAGGAGGGAGCGAUGAAUUUUCUGGAUUUCUUCUGGGUGCGGUUAAGAACGUUUACAAUGCAUUAGAUAAGCUUAAAUUAAGUCACGUGGUUCAGGUUACCACGGCUCAUUCACAGGCUGUUUUUGGUGAGUCCUUCCCUCCUUCAUCAGGUGCAUUCAAAGAUAAUGUUGUUCAGUACAUGAAGCCACUCCUAGAGUUUUUUUCGCAAGUCGGCUCACCGUUCUGUUUAAAUGCUUACCCGUUUCUAGCCUACAUGGAUAAUAAAGACCAAAUUGAUAUCAAUUAUGCUCUCUUCCUACCAACAGAAGGAACAGAUGAUCCAAAAACUAAGUUGCAUUAUGAUAACCUGCUUGAUGCUCAGAUUGAUGCAGCAUAUGCUGCGUUAGAAAAUGCUGGAUUUGGAAAGAUGGAAAUCAUCAUCACCGAAACCGGAUGGGCUUCACAUGGAGAUGAGACCGAAGCUGCGGCAACUGCAAGUAAUGCAAGGACAUAUAAUUACAAUUUGCGGAAAAGGCUUGCAAAGAUGAAAGGAACUCCACUCAGACCGAAAAAUGUAGUCAAGGCAUAUGUUUUUGCAAUCUUUAAUGAGAAUAUGAAGCCUGGGCCAACUUCUGAGAGGAAUUUUGGACUGUUUAAACCUGAUGGGAGCAUCUCAUACAACAUCGGGUUUCAUGGUCUUAAAUCUUCGUCUGCAGAUUCAUCAUUGCCGCCUUUGAAGGAAAUUCGAGGUUUUGGUUGGUUUGGCUUCUGCUCCAUUAUAUUAACAAUGAGUACUGCAUUACUGCUUCUAUUCUGAAGACGGUGAUUGAAUUAUCUGUUGGGGCGCAUUCUGUUCUGCGUUUGCAUCUGCAUUCGAUGCUAAGCCAAAAUCCAGAAAUUCUAUAAUUUUAGGGUUAUAAAUAUAUAUUUCUCAUGCCAUACUAAAUAAAACAAUCCAAUACACCUGAUUUUUGUACCUUUACAAAACACAUGAUGGGAAGUUGCUGAUUACUUUGCAAAUCUCAGACAAAUGUACAUUUCUUUUGCCUCAAU